AUGGAUUCAAGGGUUUCUGCCGUCAAUCGCUCCUCUUAUCCACCUCCGCUGCUGCCGCCACCGACAACGCCGCCUCCUUCCUUCCCAACGACUACUGAAGUUCUGGCUUCUGUGCCGCCGCCAUAUUCCUCCUCCGACGCCGACUACGAGACUACCGAAGUCCUGGUUUCUGUGCUGUCGCCAUAUUCCCCUCCUACGCACGAAUCCGCGUCCAAAGCCUGUGCAGCUUGCAGAUUUCGCCGCCAGAAGUGCAAAGGCGACUACCUUCUCGCCCCGUUUUUCCCUGCGGCAGACGAAAGUAGAUUCCAAAAGGCUCACCGUCUGCUCGGCGUCAGCAAGAUGAAGAAGAUCUUGGAGUCCCUCCUCCCCCAUCAACGUGCCGUCGCCAUGGCAACCAUGAUUUACGAGUCAGAGGUCCACGCCGCCAGUCCGGACACAGGAUGUCUCGACAUCAUCCUCCAAUUGCACAGUCAGAUCGAGUGA